AUGGGCGUCUGGGUGCGAGCGCUGCUGGCGCUGGCGCUCCUGCUGGCGCUGCUUGGGGGCCAUGCGGAGGCCAAGCUCCAAGCCAAGCCCAUCUUCCUGACCUACUCUUCCUUCUCGCCACACCCUAAGAGCUGGCAAUACUGGUGGCAGGAUGACUUGAAGACGGGGAAAGUGAGGGAGACGGGGCGCAGCAUCAUUGAAUCGUGCUUCCCCUACAAUCAAAUCAUUCCGCGGAAGGGGAAGCUCAAGCUGAGCGCUGUUCAGCAUAACAACCCGACUGCCCUCAUUGACCUGUCGCUGCGGCUGUACCGCCCCGAUUUGAAGUUUAUCACGGGCAUCCAGAUCAAUCCCGCGUGCAAGAAGAAGAACCUGCUGGACGCGGGUUUGUCCUACGGGCCUGUGGGCUGCAAGAACGACAUCUUCCGCCUCGCCAUGAGCCCCAAAAACUGCACCGACUUGGGCGGCACCGUCACCGCCAUCGACACCCGCCGGCCCUCUGGCAACCUCCUGUACCCCAACCUCGACUGCACGUGGGUGGAGGAUGUGCCGUACGACAUGACCAAAGUGGUUGGCGGAAGGGCGAUUGUGCCCGCCAGCGGCAGCGUGAUGUACGAGGUGCUGGCCAACUACCACCAGUGGAGGGAUGACUGGCCAUUCGGGUUCAUCGAUCCUCCGGCUGCAAAGGAGCGUACCCUGCAGAUCCUGGGCUUCAUGCCCGUCUCGCUGGAGGACGAGCCGGGCAAGGCGUGCAAGGCGCCCUACUGCGGCUGGAGCCUGGAGCAGCAGACCACCCUGGAGAUGAAGAGCUGGUCGGACGACACACAGUUCACUGUGGUUGCAAUGAGCCCCAUCCUGCUCAUCCCCAUCGGCGGCAACUGGCGCCUGAAGCUGAAGGCCUCCCGCAUCCGGGAGCCGCCCAAUUCCAGGACCCCCGGGUACGAAGUGUCUCGCUACCUCAUCACCUUUGACGACGACCUGCUCAAGGCAAGGCGCCAGCUGGGCAGCAGCCGGGCAGCCCUGUGCAUCAUCAUGGCCACCCUGAGCACCUACAUCGAAGUUGUCCCGCCCUGCCCCAAGAAGCCCAAAGUUCCAUUCGCGACCUUUGUGGACACGGAGAGCCAAGGCUACUUCACCGCGACGGAGCUGGCGAAGGGGAAGAAGGUGGACGACGCGUCCAGCCUGCAGCACUCGUGGCCGUGGGGCAUCCCCCGCACCUCCUUUGUCCUGGAGUCCUUUGACCUCUCCUUCCUCUCCCCCAAGGCCCAGCUCACCUUUGGAUCCCUCUUCAUGCUCGUCUCCAGCGCCUUUGACGAGACAGCCAAGUCCUCCCAGAAGUUCACGGUGGAGGUGUACGACGGCGCCAAGAAGCACUCCACCGGCGCGCCCUGCAUGCCGCCCGUGUGCCCCGGCGCCAUCAAGCUGGGCUCUGGCAGCUUCAAGGGCACGCGCUUCAAGACCAAGGCCGACAGGAUGCAGUACCUGGAGCUGAAGCUGUCUCCCGACAAGAUUGCCAAGUAUGCGGGCAGUAAGGAGCGGCUGCAGCUGGCGCUCAUGAUUCCGGCCCUCAACAAGGACCGCAUCGACGGGCUGAGGUUCAGGGCGGGGGACAGCGGCAGCCCGCCCUUCCUGGUGCUCAAGGCCAGCUGCAAAGCCUGA